AUGUGUGAUCAAUUGUUGAAACUCUUAUCUGGCGAAAAAAAUAUAGAAGAUUGUAGUGCUGAUGAGUUGAAGGAUUUGCCAAUUGGGUUCUUUCUGCAGUAUGUCGAUAGUACCACACUUUUGAAUAUUUGGGGGAAAUUACCACUCGAAUGUAGAAAAGAUUUCGGGUUGCAGACAAGACUUCCUUGUUUCAUGCAUUAUAAUAGACCUGAUUGGAGGACGCAAGUAGAUGGACCUCCCUCAUCGCAAAAUACCUGUUAUUUCUGUAUAAAAGCCCUGACCAAAUAG